ACUUGAGCCCCACCCGUCUGCGUGCAGGUAGACUGCUUCUAUCUUCACGUUGCUUCCUCUGAAUAUAUCUUAUCGUUAGAUCCCCUCAGCAGUUUUCAUUACCACCAUUUACCUACUCCGAGAAUCACGCCUAUUCCAACUAAAUUACUAAACGACUUCGAAGGUGAUAAAGGUGGAAAGAUGGCAGGAAACGAUGGACAAGCCAACCUCAAGGCCGCUCUUCGCGAAUUUCAUGGACUACUAAGUCCACAGGAAUUCUCAGAACUGUUGCGAUUCUCGGGACCAUCGGCAUCAAGUGUUGUCGAACUCACUGCGAUCAUCGAUGGGAAAAAGCCGAAGCACAAGUACGGCAGCCGGAGAAUCCAGAAAUUCCUGCAGUCACUCCAGCAGUUUACUACGAUAGUCGACACUUUCGUUUCAGCGGAGCCAAAGAUCUCCGCUUUGGUAUGGGGCAGCGUCAAGCUGGUUAUACUGAUGGCCAUGAAUCUCUGGGACUACUUCGACAAGCUCUCCGAGAUGUACCAGCGGCUUGGAGAACUAUGCCCCGUCUUCGAUAGGAUCCAAAAGCUCUACCCCAGCUCUGCCGAACUUUGUGAUGCCGUUUGCGCAUUCUACUCCACUGUCAUCUGUUUCUGCACCAAGGCUCUUGCGUUUCUCAGGACUAAUGGCCUGCGGGCGAUGUGGAAACCGUUCAAAGCCCAAUUUCCGGAUUUGGAGAACCGCCUUCGUGAUCAAUCCGAAACAAUUGACCGAGAGCUUACCAUCGCGUCCGAGACUGCUGCACUACGGGAUCGACAAGCCGGCAUUUUGUAUCGUACCGAGGGAACUAGACUUCGGGCCAUCGAAUCGGAACACCGGGCAGAAUCCCGAGAAUGGAGGUUGCAACAGGAUAUCAAGGAAAAGGAGAAAAAGCGCCAUCGACUAUUAGAGAAAAUAUCGGAUUACAACCACAGGAGCACUUUCCUGAGAGCUCGCUCCCAACGCCACCCGGGUACCGGUCAAUGGUUAUCAACAACUCCCGUUUUCCAAAAAUGGUUCGAAGGAGACUGCUCGAGUGGAUUGUGGUGUUAUGGAAUCCCUGGAUCUGGGAAAUCUACACUUGUGACCGGUGUCAUCGAUUAUAUCUUCUCACAGCAGGGCCAGACACCCAGCAUGAUAUGCUAUUUCUUCUGCGACUUUGCUAUCCGCCAGUCUUUGGAAAUACGCACCGUCCUGAGUAGCUUCAUCAAGCAAAUUUUGACUGUGUUUACCAAGACACCCCAGGACCUCGAAGACGGGCUAGCGAGAGACUUCGGUGCUCUAGACGUCGAGCCAACGAUGGAUCAACUGUAUGAAACCCUGGUGAAAGUGGCGCAGCUUCCUGCGAAUACAUAUUUCAUCGUCGACGGGUUGGACGAGUGCAGUGAUCACGAGCGACGGCGCUUGUUACUCUACCUGCGGAAACUCACCACGAUUCGAAAGAACGGAAUCAAGGUCCUUAUUUCCAGUCGUGAGGAUGGCGACAUAUCUCAAUCGGUGGAGAAAUUCUUCAAGAUAUCGUUGGACUCUUCUCAACAGUCCACGGAUAUCGGAGUUUUCGUGAAAGCGGAGUUGCAGACAAGAGUGGAAGAAGGAAACUUGGUUGUGGGGAAACCAUCCAUGAUACAAGAGAUACAAGACGCCCUGGUUCGCGGAUCGGAUGGAAUGUUCUUGUGGGUGACAUUACAGCUCAACGAAAUUUGCGAUGAAAACAACGACAACGACAUCCGCAAGGUGCUUCGGUCUCUGCCACUAGGCUUGAACGAAACAUAUGCUCGGAUUCUGAAGAAGAUAUUCUCACAAAGGAAACCCGACAUAGCCAAAAAGAUCCUUACGUGGGUUGCCGGCGCGAGGCGACCUUUAUCGUUAGAUGAGCUGACUGAAGCAAUCUCUCUCGAACCCACCGAUACGCUAUGGGCUCAGUGCCGUUGUCGCCUUCCAAAUAGCAAACUUAGGAUGAUCCAGAAUUGUGGGAGCUUACUCACAGUGGCACAUACUGAGACUGGCGAUAUCGUUCAGUUCGCACACUACACUGUUGUAGAAUUCUUGCAGUCUACAGCAGCGAGCUCGGACUUUCAGAUACUCCUCCGCAAGGUGAAUAUACAUAUCGCCAGGAUCUGCCUUAUGUAUCUGAGUCUCCCCGAUUUCGAGACCCAGAUCGCGGCUGUGCCAAAGAAAUCGGCACUCGAGACGUCGCCCGCUCGGUGGAUACCGUGGAUGGUCCAAUCCAAUCCGGCAACAAGAGUUAUAUGGAACGCUGCAACGGAAGUAAUUUGGGGAAGGUCCAAGGUACCGGCAGUGGAUGUUCAAGCCUUACUUCAAUCUACCAUGAAACUCCACUCACAACGGGAUACCCUCAAACGCCAGUAUCGUCUCCUUAAAUAUGUCGCCACGUACUGGCUCGAUCACUGUUCCGAGGUCUCGCCAGACAGCCAGGACGACGGCGGAAGGACUUGGAAGCUAUUCACGGAAUUAACGCUACGCAAAUCGCACCUCGGGGACAUACCUUGGCUAGGGGAGAAUCCUGACGGACCCCAUUAUGCUACACAGUUCCACUGGUGCAUGAAGAACGGCCACUCAGCUUUACUCAGAUUGAUUAUGGACGAAGUAGGAACGGGGUUUACUACAUACGAUAAUCUUUUCGGACCAAGCCCUGAAGCCUUUCGCCGAUCCUGCUCACUUGGUCAUGGGACGCUUGUGGGACUGUACCUAGACCGAUAUCGUAAACUCUGCGAUAGAGACGGAUCGAUUCAUCAUGCCGUAGCGAAAGGUCACGUAGGCGUGGUUGAACAGCUUCUGAAAGCCGGUGCCGAUGUCCACGCAGCAGAUUACAAUGGUUUGACUACACUCCAUUACGCUGCCCGCGAAGGUCACUUGAAUAUUGUUGAGCAGCUUCUAAAAGCCGGUGCCGAUGUUCACGCAGAAGAUUCUAGUCAGUUGACUGCACUCCAUUACGCUGCCC